AUGAGUCGGCAUAUCAUCCCAUCUGAUGGUCAAACCGAAGUCACUAAUCGUUCGUUGGGAAAUUUACUACGCUGUUUGGUGGGUGAAAACAUCAAGUCUUGGGAUUCAGUUUUGUGCAAAGCAGAGUUUGCGUAUAACCAUGCCGUAAACAGAAGCACUUCUUUCAGUCCUUUUCGUGUUGUCUAUGGGUUGGUUCCACGAGGUCCUAUUGAUCUUGGUGUCGUUCCUGAUGCUACUCGUGAUCAUGGACAGGCUGUUGAUUUUGUCGCUGACUUAUCAUUCAUUCAUUCUCAAGUUCAUGAGAAUCUGCAGGUCGCUUCAGCUAAGUACAAAGAAGCUGCGGAUCGUCACCGUCGUGAUGUUCAGUUUAAAGUGGGAGAUUUGGUUUGGGCCAUUUUAACCAAGGAUAGGUUUCCUCCACGAGAAUACAACAAGCUAAAGUCACGAAAGAUUGGACCAGUGGAGGUGGUGGAGAAGAUAAAUGCCAAUGCGUACCGUCUGAAGCUUCCACCUCACGUUCGUUCUUCAAUGUCUUUAAUGUCAAACAUCUAUGUCCAUAUGUUUCUCAAGAUGAAGUUGAAGAUUCGGGGUCGAAUCUUUUCCAACCCCGGGUGA